ACAUUAUUGUUUGCAGGAGAAGGACACUUAAAAGCUUAGAUCUCCAAGACUGUCUCUCAGUACACGUUCUGCAGUCUGUGUGAACAGCAUCAGUCAAACAACAGAGUCCUUUCAAAAUUUCCUAACCUGUGUGUAAAUCCCUAAGCUGACUCAAUGCACUCCUCUGGGCAACAGACUGUCUUUGCAUCACUGGGGAAGACAAAAGAUCUCAUAAAACACGGGCGAGAGCGAAUAGAACAGAGUAUCAAAGCCUCCAAUUCCAGACUGUGCUCCUAUGUUGAAAGAGCAGCUUUCUUAAUGGACCGUUCCAGAAGCUCAGAUCAUCAUGGCCAGUCAACAUUGCCAACUGACAACAUCAACCUUGGACCAUCUGCAAAUCCCAAUGCCAAGCCAACAGAUUUUGACUUCCUAAAGAUAAUUGGCAAAGGUAGCUUUGGAAAAGUCCUUCUAGCAAAACACAAGUCCGAUGGGCAAUUCUAUGCCGUGAAAGUUCUACAGAAGAAAUCUAUUAUCAAGAAAGAAGAGCAAAAUCACAUCAUGGCUGAACGCAAUGUGCUGUUGAAGAAUGUGAAACACCCUUUCCUUGUGGGGCUCCAUUAUUCCUUCCAGACAAAAGAGAAGCUCUACUUUGUUCUGGACUAUGUAAAUGGAGGAGAGUUGUUCUUCCACUUGCAAAGAGAACGUUGCUUCCGUGAACCUCGAGCUUGUUUCUAUGCAGCUGAAAUGGCCAGUGCAGUAGGGUACCUCCAUUCAUUGAACAUUAUCUACAGAGACCUAAAACCUGAAAAUAUCCUCUUGGACUGCCAGGGUCAUAUUGUGCUAACAGAUUUUGGACUCUGUAAAGAAGGAAUGGAGCCAGAAGAAACAACAUCUACAUUCUGUGGCACCCCAGAGUAUUUGGCUCCAGAAGUGCUGAAGAAAGAGCCCUAUGAUAGAACAGUAGACUGGUGGUGCCUUGGAGCAGUUCUCUAUGAAAUGCUGUUUGGCUUGCCUCCCUUUUACAGUCGAGAUGUGUCUCAGAUGUAUGACAACAUUCUGUAUAAGCCACUGCAGGUUCAAGGAACCAAGACCAUGGCAGCUUGUGACAUCCUGCAAGGACUUCUCCAUAAAGACCAGAAGAAGAGGCUUGGAGCUAAGACUGACUUUCUUGAGAUAAAGAACCAUGUGUUCUUCAGCCCCAUAAACUGGGAUGAUCUGUAUCAUAAGAGAAUCACUCCUCCAUUUGAUCCCAAUGUGGCUGGUCCUGCUGAUCUACGGCAUUUCGACCCAGUGUUCACUCAAGAAGCUGUCUCCAGCUCCAUCAUCCGCUCCCCUGACUUUGCAGCCAGCAGUUCCAGUGCCACGGAUGCUUUCCUGGGUUUUUCUUAUGCACCAAAUGAUGAAAGUUAAUGUUGGCAAGGCUCGGCCUCCCCACCCUUUAUAGCUUGAUUUCAUUUCACUGGAAAGAGAGCUGCAACUGUCCAACUAACCCUCUUAAUGGAACAGAACCAGACUCUCUCCAGUUUUGAACUGUAGGCAACCUCACAAUGUGAAUGUUCCUCUAGCAGAGGAAAUGAUUAUUCUAGUUAGACCUUUAGUUACACAGUCAUGCCAAAAUUAAGUCACCUUGUAAUUCAGGAUAACCUUGGCUUGUUCUGGUCCUAUUAAAAGGGGGACCCAAGGUAUGCUAGCCAUUCUGGUCUUAGGCACUGCAACUUUUUUUAUCCACAUGUCCAGAUUCUUGCUUCAUCUGCUCUAUUUGUGAUUCUUCCCAGUUGAUUGCAUUCUCUUAGGCCUUCCUCUCCUCAACUCCUUUGAUCCCACUUACCCUGAUUUAGGGAAGCUCCUAGGAUUUCCAGGGAAACCCUUUGGGGCUAGACAGUAGUGUGCUGGUAAAAGCAUAACAACCGGCCCUGGAGUUGUAGAAUAAUAUAUUGAUUUAGUGUACCUUUCACACCUCUGCUCUUGAAUAAAAUGGAUUCUGGAUGUGGCUGGGACCUUUUUGAACA